GGCUCUUGGGUGUGUGCACUAUUUGUAUAAUUAUUUUUAAUUGUAAUUAUUUGAAAGUUUUGGUCAGUUAGCUGAAUUUUCAUUACUUAGAAAUGCCUUGCCGCUAGGUACCCAAUAAGGUGUCCAUUAGAUUCACUGCACUUUGAUACUGAAAACAAAUACAAUGACUGCUGCUGCCCACGGUGACGAGCUAUCAUGAUCAUGCGGUGACCUCCAUUCCAACACAGUUAUGUUAGCCAGUCUGCUCGUGAGGCGGGUGGUGGCCACCUGCGGCCCCGCUGCGUCGGCCAGCCUGCACAGCUCGGCGCGUCUGCGGCUGCCGCUGGUACCGUUCGUCAUCGAGCAGACCGGCCGGGGAGAGCGCAGCUACGACAUCUACUCGCGGCUUCUGAAGGAGCGCAUCAUCUGCGUGAUGGGGCCGAUCGACGACACAGUGGCCAGCGUGGUGGUGGCGCAGCUGCUGUUCCUGCAGUCGGAGAGCACCAACAAGCCGGUGCACAUGUACAUCAACAGUCCCGGCGGCGUGGUCACCGCCGGCCUGGGCAUCUACGACACGAUGCAGUACAUCCGGCCGCCGGUGGCCACCUGGUGCGUCGGACAGGCCUGCAGCAUGGCCUCGCUGCUGCUCGCCGCCGGGUCGCCCGGCAUGCGCCACGCACUGCCGAACGCGCGCAUCAUGAUACACCAGCCGUCGGGCGGCGCCUCCGGACAGGCCACCGACAUCCUCAUCCAGGCGGAGGAGAUCGGCAAACUGAAGCGGCAAAUCAACGGACUGUAUGUGAAACACACCAAUCGUGACCUCGCGUCCGUGGAGACGAGUAUGGAGCGCGACAAGUUCAUGGACCCUAGCGAGGCUCUCGAGUUCGGUAUCAUAGAUAAAAUAUUGGAGCAUCCUCCCAAGGCUGGCAGUGCUGAGGAGGCCAAGGACUGAUGGAUUAUAGUUAGUGUCGCACUCGCAGAAGGAUCUUUUAUAUAUUUUCUUGAUGAGCACAUGUCGUUUCAGACACUCAUUUGUUGAUAUUGUUGCCACUUGUAUCAGGAAAUAUAAUGUUUCUCAAGCUC